CUGCACAUGAGAAAACACUGCAAAGAAAACCUAUAGGAGAAUGUUAAUCCAGCCUCUCAGUGCUGCAGAAUGGCGAUGGUCACCCAGCAGAGAUUAUUGAAGAAUUGAGUACAAUCACUUUAUGUGCAGAAGCCAGAGUCACAAAGAGUCUUUGUUGGGACCACAACAAAACCCUGUUCUUCUGCGAUUCCACGCGUACACAGGAUGACGUGGUACGACAGAGCACGCUGGAGAGGAGGGAUUCUUUCUUCACUCUCUGACAAUAUAGGAUGAAAGCAAGCGUUUUGGUAACAUACCUGGCACGCUGGAACAGACGAUUUGACAAUGCUGAGUCUGAGGCUUCUUGAUUCAACAAAUUAUCUCCAGAAAAACAGCUAAGAGCUUUGGAGCUUGGAUAUUUUCAAUAUACAUGAAAGAGAAACAGACAGAGAUGGAGAUGCAGAGGAGCACAGUGCCUCCAAAGGCCCCGAGACUCACAGCAGAAGAAGAAGUACUGGCGUCACAGGUGCUGGAGAUAAUUGGUGGGAUCACUCUGGAGGCCCUCCGCACGCUGGAGGAACCUGAAGAGAGAGACGUGUGGUCAGCGGAGGAGGGAGAAGACUCUGUGUUCUACAGUGAUGAGGACCAAGCUCAGGCAAACACAUCUUGUGAUUCUGGCGCCGGCGGGUACGAGCUUAAUGUCAAAAGCGCGGCAGCUGAUGAAUCGAUACUGCAGGAGGAGGACGAUCCAGGGGAAGAGUCCUUCAAAGAAAAUUCAGAGAGGAAGAAGGAAGUGACCCAGCAGGUCCUUCUGAGUGAACAAGGAGAGGAACGGCAAGAGCUCCAGACACCAAAGAGUGAACCUAUGGAUCAGUCAGGUGCAGCAGAUUCAGGAACACGGCCUAGUCAAACUCCAGAGAGGUCUGAGAACACCUGUGGAGAAUCUCUGCAAUUAAACAGCACAAGGACUGAUGUGCAACCACAGCCUGGGAAAACUGUAUCAACAGAAAAAGCAAAUCUACCAGCAAAUGAGGAAGAAGUGGUGCUGGAACCACAGGGACCAAGCCUUCGGCCCUCUGAUAUACCUGAUGAAGAGAGCAGGACAAGGCUGAAUGAGGAGGCAGAGGUCCCAGAGCAGACGUCUGGCGCUGAACUCCACAAGUCAGGUGACAGGCACACUCAGGUGGACUGUGAGCCAGAGCAGGACCACAACAUCCACGCUCCUGCAGGGUUUCAUCAAAACCUGAGUCCAGGCUACUCCACUCUGCCUCUGCCAAAGAAAUCCAUUGACCAGAAAUCCUUCAACCACCUCACUUCCUCCAAAUACAGCACCGUGUCCUACCGCAAGAUCCGCAGAGGCAACACCCGCCAGAAGAUAGACAAGUUCGAGUACAUGAUUACGAAUUUGUAAGACGUUUUUCAGGCAAAUAAAAGCUAAAAGACACAAUCCAUUAAAAAUAAGAAUUAAGAGGAAACUGGUCUAUGCCAUGUGGGUACACAGUUUACAUAAUUAUGUUGUUAAAUUCUACUUGUACAUCUCUGAAUUUCUGAUGUAACCCUCAACGUCACACAAAUCUCACAAACAAGGUUUCUAUUUGUGUCUGUUGGUUAGUGCAGUUGGUUUAUGUUUUUCAUGUGACGGUUUAAGGAAGAAAACAUGUUGUUAUGUAAGGCAGGUAUUUGAACGACAGAUUAAAUUAAUAAGAAGCUCGGGGCUUUAUAAUCCUACUAAGUAAGAUGUCGUUUGGUAUUAGAGCUUCAGUAUGUUAACUUCUGAAAUGAGCCUGAGUAGUUAUUAUGGCCAGAAUUUUCAAAUGAUUAACUAAACAUGCAUACCUACAUGUCCUAAUGGCUAGUAGAGAAGACAUAAAUAAAAAGAGAUGCAUACUG